AUGAACCGGUAUGUCUUCCCAUCGGUUUGCCUGCUUGGAUUCUCGGGGAACAUCCUCAGCUUCUACGUCCUGCUCCGCUGCAAGCUGAAGAGGCCGUCGGACAUCUUUCUAUUCGCACUGACGGUGUCGGACUGCCUGUACUUGCUGUAUCCCCUGGACGCGACCAAGCUGCUCAUCUACUUCGGCUCCGGCGUCGCCUCGAUCGGGUGGGCAUUCCCGGAGAAGGUUGCACACGCGCUAUUUGUGAUCAACCUCAUCUCUGAGACGUUUGCCAACCUGGGAGCGUACACAACAACCACGCUGGCCGUCGCCAUCACCGUUGAGCGCUGCCUGGCAGUGUUUUUCCCUCUUAAAUUCAAACACCUCGUCACGCCCAAGAGGGCGUGGAUCACCGUGCUCUGCGUCUUUCUAUUCUGGUCGCCGUGGUGUUUAAACGCAGCGUUUCUCGCAAGUUUUUACUACGUUCGCUUAAACGGCGCGUCCGCGGUCGGCCUGGCGCUUCCUUCCCCUUACUACAACAGGAACGUCCACGUCAUUACCGUGUUUGACAAGUUCGUCUUCUCGGCUCUGUCCUACUGGAUUCCCGUGAUUCUGGUCACCACCGGAAGUAUUUUGGUUGGGGUCAAAGUCAAGACGGCGCACAGAAAACGGAGAGAGCUGGCCUCAUCCUCCUCGGCCGAGGCCUUGUCCAGGUCAAUGAAGCGAACAACCAGAACGCUCCUCAGCGUGUCCAUGAUCUUUGCCGUGCUGUAUGGGUACGGUUCCCUGGCCGAUGUCAUCAGAUCGGAAACGGUCUCCAGCGAAGACUUGCUCGGUGGAAUUUUACUUGAGACUCGCAACCUAGCUUUCCACAUCAACAGCUCCAGUAAUUUUUUGGUAUAUUUGCUGACGAACAGAAAGUUUAGAGCAAUCUUAUGCGAGAGUUGUAGGUGU